AUGGCUCUGAUAGCGAUACCGAUCCACGAUACCGUAGUGUCAUUAUUUACUGUAACCACCAAGGAUGUCAGUGCUAUUUAUAGUGAAAGGGAUACCAUACAUGAUAACGGGACAUUCGAGUUAGAAGCAAGGGAGGAUGUUUUCAGUAAAUUCCAAGUAAUUAUAGCUUUUAAUUGUGUACUUUUUAAAUAUUUGGAAUUCAGAUGGUGUUUGCGAACUGCUAUAACUCGUUACUAUAGAGAUGAAAGCCGUAUACAAAUCUGGAUAUUAGAUAUACUAAAUGAAGAAGUUUUUGAAUUUUCUCAUCCAUCAAAAUGUAAAAACAACGAAUAUUUCGAAUCUGUAUCACUUUCCUGCAUACAAUGCGAUGCUAACAAAAACCUGAAACCAUCUCUCGAUCGACUGCGAUGUUCGUGUGAUGAAUUUAGUAAAAAAGUCGGUUUCAAGGAUGGAUAUCCUAUAUGCGUAUUUUGUGGUACUAAUGCCACAGUAACCUCAGAUGGAAAUGACUGUGUGGCAUGUAACAAUACAAUAUGUACAUGUCCGUCUAAUGAAAUUCAAGACAGAAACUUAAAUGGGACAUUAUUGGAUACUAUUCAUUGUAUUUCUUGUCCCAACAAUACUUAUCCAUUUUUGCAUAAAUGUUUACCUUGCAAAAAUUUUGUAUAUAAUUAUUAUGAAAGUAAUGAUUACCUUACAAAGUAUCAUUAUACACAGGUACAGAGUUACUGCUUACGCGAAGAUACCUUUUCUAAUAAACAAAAUUCAAAAAUUGCAUUUCAAAUAAAGUUUAAUAGUCGAAACAUAGAUAGUUAUUAUUUUAGAAGUGAACUUCAGAUCGCUAUAUACUUUUGUAAGAGAAAAGAUAAAUUAGCGUGUGAGCAUUUAUCAAAUAUGUGUGUUUUAAGUCUUUAUGCUAAUGAUGCUGCAUGCAAGUUCUUUAUGCAAAAACAAAAAUCACCUUUAUGGUUAUUUUAUGAUAAAAAUGAAACUACAAAUGUAUUAAAUAGUAAACAAAUUACACAAAAUUACAGCUUAAUGAAAGAAAACGAUGAUAAUAUAUUGAAUUUUACAGUUACUACAUUUUCUUUGCAUGGCAAUUUUAAAUCAAUUGGUAAACCUAAUAUUCCAUGCAAUUUGCUAGAAUAUGUUAGAUUUGGUAUUAAUUUUGAGAAAAAAUGUAAAUUUACAGUUAAGAAUCUAAUACAACCGGAGGUAGAGUUUAUAUCUCCUUAUUUAACAUUUAUGAAAAAUAAUAAUAGCGUAAUGUAUGCAUUACCUAUACUUAUUAAAAAUAUUAAUCAGAAUCAGAAUGAAAUGUCAGAUUGGCAGUUAGUAAGAAAAUUUUUCUUUGUUGAUAAUAUUAGUAGUUUUAAAACAUUAUCAAAUUUUACAGCUAAUAAGACUGAAAAAUCAAAUGUAUUGUCUGUACUACGUUAUAUGAAAUCUUUAAACGUAAUAAUUAAUGUUCAAAAUACAAAGGAUAAGAAUAAAAUAUUUCCACCUUUAUUAAUUAUUGAAUAUGCUGAAUUAACACAUGAUCAGAUUGACAAAAUUAUAGACGUUACAUUAGAUUAUAAAAUUAAAUUUACUAUAAAAGAUAACGAUAUUGGUACACAUUUCAUGAUUAUUAUUGGGGUUCUGUCAGUAUUGGCCUUAAUUUUGUCAAGCAUAAAAACAUGGAGUUAUAGUAAACGGCAUUAUGAUUCACCUAUUAAUGUGUUUGUACUCAUUUGGUUCUUUAUUCAUAUUAUGAGUACCAUUGGAAACAUAAUUAUCUUAUGUUUGAUUAUUUUAUGUGUAUAUCUGUUUAUGUUUUAUAAAGGACAAACAGUACCAUAUAUUCUCUUUCCUGAAGAUAUUAAUGAGAAAAGGAUAAAAAUAUUUACAGCAACAGCAUUCUUCUUUAAACUCGUAGAAUUAUUUGGAUUCGUUUGGCAGUACUGGAAUAUUGAUAUAUUCUUUAUUGAUUGGGAGCAACCAAAAACAUUACAUAAUCAGUGUAAACAUGAUUCUCCCAAUGUGUCUUUAAGUGAUUUAUAUAUUGAUAAAUUUUUAAAGAAUAAAUUUAAACAUUUUCAAAUGUCAUCAGAAACAAUAACAGCUAAACGCAAGAAAAUAUCAUAUAAAUUAAACAAAUAUAAUAACUCUAGGUGUUGUAACGAAUCUUUCCAAGUUAACAAACACGACGCAAAUAUUUCAAGUGUAAAUUCAAUAUCAAAAAUUUCUGACCAAAUAAUAGAUAGAAAUAGUAUUCUUAAUAGUACUCCUAUUAGUAUUUGGAGAACAUAUUUUAUUGCAAGUCAAUGGUUAAAUCUUCAAACAAAAAGAAAGAUAAACAUAUUAGUACAAUUGCUUGCUGUUUUAUGUAUUUUUCAGAUCAUACAAUUAUAUCCAUGGAUUUUUGGAAUGCCAAAAUUAAUAUCUACAUUUUAUGAAGAGAAUUAUAGUUUUAUUUUAUAUUAUACAUUCUGUGUCUUAAUAUAUAUUUUAAUUUAUUGUAUUCAAUGGUUGGUGUCCAUUGUUUUCUACGAACAGUGUAUUACAAAUAGAAUGCAAGAAUUUAUAAAUCUCUGUUCAAUUGCAAACAUCAGUAUAUUUAUUUUACCAUUUAAUUAUCAUGGCUUCUAUAUUCAUGGAAGAUCAGUACAUGGAUUUGCAGACACAGACUUACUUACCUUAAUUAAUGAUGUACAAAUGGAAAGAAAUAAUUUAUGUGCACACAGAGGUCUUGUUCCAGGAACAACUGAACAAACGUUUGUAUUAUAUUUAACAAAGACCUUUAGGAUUACUUUCAAUGAAAGUUUGAAACUGACAAAGAUCGAAAGAAAUAAUUUUAUAAAAACUUCCUUUUCUUCUACUACAAAUUGGGAAUAUAUUUUCAAUAAUCAGUUAAAAUUAAAACAAUUUCUAUGUAAAUUUGUAGAUCAUUGCAUAAGAAAUGAAGACUACAUAAUUAAAGAACAACAUUUCUUUGAAAAAUUAUUUAAUAUUAUAUUUUCUCAAAAUACAAAGAAAUCAAUUUUCUAUAUUGAUACUAAUUAUUCUUUCAAUCAAGUAUUAUUAUAUGGAAAUGAAUGGUUAAUUGCAACAUUUGAAAUUUCAACAUUUGCUUUCAUCAUUGUAUUGUGUAAUGAUUGUGCAUUAGCAAUUACAUUUACAGUAUUAGUAUCAAUGCUACUGACAAUAAUAUUCAAACAAAAUGGCAAAAAGAAUUUAAGUAAUCAUGCAUUAUUAGAUAAAAUAUUUCUUAUGUAA